CCUGGUCCACAAUGUCUAAUGAUCAAGAGAAAGAUUUGGAGAAAUUUCUUAAAAAUGUGGAUGAAAUCACCAAUUUAAUUCAAGAAAUGAAUUCUGAUGACCCAGUGGUACAACAGAAAGCUGUCCUCGAGACAGAAAGGAGACUGCUGCUGAUGGAGGAAGAACAAGAGGAAGACGAAUGCAGGACCACUCUGAACAAGACCGUGAUAAGUCCUCCACAAGCUCCUAAAAAGAAUGAAGAUGAAACAAACCCAGAGGCCUUCUUGGCAUCUGUGGAGAAGGAUGCAAAGGAACGAGCCAAGAGAAGAAGGGAAAACAAAGCCCUAGCAGAUGCCCUGAAAGAACAAGGGAAUGAAGCCUUUGUCAAGGGUGACUAUGAAACAGCCAUACUGUGCUACAGCAAAGGUUUGGAGAAGAUGAAGGAUAUGAAAGUGCUGUACACCAACCGGGCCCAGGCUUACAUCAAACGGGACUACCAGAAGGCGCUGGUGGAUUGUGACUGGGCUCUGAAGUGUGAUGAAAGAUGCACAAAAGCCUAUUUCCACAUGGGAAAAGCCCACCUGGCCCUGAAGAAUUACAGUGUGUCUAGAGAGUGUUAUCAGAAGAUCUUAGAAAUAAACCCCAAGCUGCAGACACAGGUGAAAGAAUAUCUAAACCAAGUAGAUCUUCGGGAAAAGGCAGAUCUUCAAGAGAAGGAAGCCCAUGAAUUGCUGAAUUCAGGAAAGAACACAGCCAUGACAACAAAAAAUCUCCUGAAAACCCUUUCCAAGCCUGACCAGACACCUCUGUUCUAUGCAGGGGGAAUCGAAAUCCUGACUGAAAUGAUGAAGGAUUGCACAGAACGAACUUUAUUCAGAACACACAAUGGAUUCAGCAUCAUCAGUGACAAUGAGGUCAUAAGAAGGUGCUUCUCAACAGCAGAGAAAGAUGCAGUUGCAGAGACUGUCUGUGUGUCUGUUCUGAAGCUCUGGCAAGCAGUGUGCACUGAGAAUGAGGAAAACCAAUGUCUGCUUAUAAUGCAUCCAGACAGAGCCAGGCUGCUGCCCACCCUCUUGGCCUCCAAAGUUUUGAUUGUCCAGCAACAGAGCCUGGCCCUGCUGCUUCAGCUCACCCAGUCAGAACAUGGACGGAAGAUGGUCAUCAGCCACCUUGAUCUGACCCGAUUGUUGGAAGCCCUGCUGUCAUUUCUUGAUUUCUCAGAUAAGAAGGCCAGCACUGCUGUGGGUCUGCUCACAGACUUGGCUCUGGAAGAAAGAUUCCAAGUCUGGUUCAAGGCCAACCUUCCAGAUGCUCUCCCUGCACUCACAGGUGUUCUGAAGAGGGAGCCCAAAGUAGUCAACACCUCGGCUCUCUGCCAGUGCAUUGCCAUAAUGGGAAACCUCAGUGCUGAGCCUGCUGCCAGAAGACACAUGUGGGCCUGUGAAGAAUUUGUAGAUGCCUGCUCAGACCUCCUGGCCAGGUGCGAGGAGGACAUGUUCAGAGAGGUCACGUACAUACUCCUGGGACUCAUCAUGAACUUGUGUCUUCAGGUCCCCUUUGUCUCAGAGGUGUGGGCUGAGGAGGUGAGCAGAAGGUGCCUGUGUCUACUAAAAAGCCAGGAUGGAGGGAUCCUGACAAGAGCUGCUGGUGUUCUGAGCCGGACCCUUUCUUCUUCUCUGAAAAUCGUGGAAGAGGCCCUGAGAGCAGGAAUAGUGAAAAAAAUGAUUAAAUUCCUAAAGACAGGAGGCCAGACUGCAUCACGUUACGCCAUAAAGACACUGGCUGUCUGCACGAAUGGUUAUCAUGAGGCUCGGGAAGAAGUCAUGAGACUGGAUAAAAACUUCAACAUUUUGAUGAAGCUGCUGAGCUCAGAGGACGAGGUUCUAGUGGGCAAUGCUGCCCUGUGCCUUGGCAACUGCAUGGAGGUGCCCAGUGCUGCAUCUUCCCUGCUGAAGACGGACCUGGUGAAAGUCUUGUUGAAGCUGGCAGGCGGCGACUCGCAGAAGACAACCGUGCAGCUGAAUGCAGGCAUCGCUCUGGGGAAGUUGUGCACAGCUGAGCCCAGGUUUGCAGCUCAGCUGAGAGAGCUUCACGGGAUAGAAAUUCUCAACUCUAUGAUGAAAUACAUCAAUGAUUCUUGA